AUGACUUCAACGGGUCUGGAAAAUUUACGAAAGACUGGGGCGGGUAAAGCAAUCGCUGUGCUGACAAGCGGAGGAGAUGCCCAAGGUAUGAAUGCAGCUGUCCGUGCAGUGACUCGGAUGGGUAUAUGUGUUGGAGCCAAGGUGUAUCUUAUUCACGAGGGUUAUCAGGGACUCGUAGAUGGAGGUGACAACAUCAAGCUUGCCCACUGGCACAGUGUAACCAACAUUAUCCAACUGGGAGGAACUGUUAUUGGUAGUGCGCGGUGCAAGGCCUUCACCACGCGUGAGGGUCGUUUAUCUGCUGCUUUUAACCUGGUAAAACGUGGCAUCACUAACCUGUGUGUAUGCGGCGGAGAUGGAAGCCUCACAGGAGCAAACAUCUUCCGUAGCGAGUGGAGCGGACUGCUCGCUGAGCUGGUGGAGAAAGGCAGGAUCUCAGAGUCUGCUGCAAAGCAGUAUGAUCACCUGAACAUCGUAGGUCUGGUUGGAUCUAUUGACAAUGACUUCUGUGGCACUGACAUGACUAUCGGAGCUGACUCUGCUCUUCAUCGUAUCAUGGAGAUUAUUGAUGCAAUCACCACCACUGCUCAAAGUCACCAGCGCACCUUUGUUUUAGAGGUCAUGGGUAGACACUGCGGAUAUUUGGCACUCGUAUCUGCCCUGGCCUCUGGAGCUGAUUGGCUCUUCAUCCCUGAAGCCCCUCCAGAGGAAGGCUGGGAGGAACGGAUGUGUGCCCGUCUCGGAGAGAGCCGUAGCAAGGGAUCCAGACUCAACGUCAUAAUCGUUGCUGAAGGGGCAAUCAACAAAAACGGAGAUCCUAUUUCCUCCAACUACAUAAAAGACUUGGUGGUGGAGAGGCUGGGGUUUGACACCCGGGUGACUGUGCUGGGUCAUGUACAGAGAGGAGGUACUCCCUCUGCCUUUGACAGAGUGCUGAGCAGUAAGCUGGGUGUGGAGGCGGUGGUUGCCCUGAUGGAGGCUGUACCUGACACUCCGGCCUGCGUUAUUGGCCAGGCGGGGAACCAGAUCGUGCGGCUGCCCCUCAUGGAAGCUGUGGAGCUGACUAAGGAGGUACAAAAAGCCAUGAAUGAGAAAAGAUUUCAGGAAGCCAUCCAGCUGCGUGGGAGGAGCUUUGAAAACAACUGGAAUAUUUACAAGUUACUGGCCCACCAGAAACCUGCUCAGUCUGAGAGUGGAUACUCUAUGGCCAUUCUGAAUGUGGGAGCUCCGGCGGCUGGCAUGAACGCUGCUGUGAGAUCUGCAGUAAGAGUUGGACUGGCAGCCGGACACAAAGUCUACAUGGUUAAUGAUGGUUUUGAAGGGCUCGCCAAUGCAGAGAUUAAUGAGGUGUCAUGGCACAGUGUGGCUGGCUGGACUGGACAAGGAGGAUCUCUGCUUGGGACAAAGCGAACUCUUCCCAACACUUGCAUGGAGAACAUAGUGAAAGUGCUCAAUAAGUACAGUAUCCAGUCCUUGCUUGUUGUUGGAGGUUUUGAGGCCUAUGAAGGGAUUGUGCAGUUGUAUGAAGCUAGGGGGCGCUAUGACGCGUUGUGCAUUCCCACGUGCAUGAUUCCUGCCACCAUAAGCAACAACGUCCCUGGCACGGAUUUCAGCCUGGGUGCUGACACUGCAGUCAAUGCAGCUAUGGAAAGCUGUGAUAAGAUCAAACAGUCUGCCUCAGGGACAAAGCGACGGGUGUUUGUAGUGGAAACCAUGGGAGGAUACUGUGGCUAUCUCGCCACCAUUACUGGCAUUGCCGUUGGAGCAGAUGCUGCCUAUAUCUUUGAGGACCCCUUCAACAUACAUGACCUCAAGACCAAUGUGGAACAUCUCACAGAGAAGAUGAAGAAGGACAUUCAGAGAGGCCUGGUCCUGAGGAACGAGAAGUGUCACAAGCACUACACCACUGAUUUUAUCCAUAAACUCUACUCUUCUGAGGGACAGGGUGUGUUUGACUGCAGAGUCAAUGUGCUUGGGCAUCUCCAGCAGGGAGGAGCGCCCUCGCCCUUUGACAGGAAUUUUGGUACAAAGUUGGGUGUGAGAGCAGUGCAGUGGCUGACGGAAAAGAUGACUGACACAUUCAGACAAGGUCGUGUGUUCGCCAAUGCACCUGACACAGCCUGUGUUCUUGGUAUGAACAAGAAAACGCUGUCCUUCAGUCCAGUGACUGAGCUUAAGGCUCAAACUGACUUUGAACAUAGAAUGCCCAAAGUGCAGUGGUGGCUGAACCUGCGUCUGAUGCUGAAGAUGUUGGCCAGGUACCAAACCUGCUUCGACGAGUAUGUGACCGGAGAAAUCGAACACGUGACGCGUCGUUCCCUCAGCAUAGAUACUGGGUUUUAA